AUGACGGCCGGAGAACCUUCGCAUACGGAUAAAGACGGCGCCAUUCCUCCACGCGAGACGUCCACCGAGCAACCAACAGCGGGCCUCGCGCCCGCCGGACUACGCCCUCUUUCCAUCGCAAAUACUAUGUCAACAAUAGGCGCCAAGAGAACCAAUCCGGGCCCGGCUUCCUUGAGCAAGACAAUAGCCGCAUCACAAACUAAAGUUGCUAUUCCGCGUCAACGGGUCGCCGCUGCCCCGCGCUAUAAUCGACGUGUGCCGCGUGCUUGUUCGUCUUGCAGGCAGCGCAAGACGAAAUGCAGUGGUGAUACUCCGAUUUGUCGUCAGUGUCAUGAGCUGAGGGCUACGUGUAGCUACCCGGAUGGUUGGAGGGAGAAGACGAAAAAACAAGUUGAAGCCCUGUCGGAAAAAGCGCAAGAAUAUGAGAAUCUGCUGAAGGAAUUGAGGGGCAUGGUUGAGUUUAGUGCCGCAGAGCGGAUAAGAAGCUUGCUGGACAAGUAUGGCCCGGAGGUGGAUGAUUCGUCGCAAUCCCAAUCCCAAUCUCAAUCAGCAACCCCGCAAGAUGACAUUCCAGAAAACGAUGAACCAUCCUCGCCUUCGUCUAUUGGGUCUCUUGAGGCCAUUGAUCGAGUGGAAGAGGAUAUCAAUCGAUCACCACAUGCAAGAGCAACUGGUUAUAUGGGGAAAAACUCGGAAAUCACCUGGAUGCAACGGCUACAGAGAGAGGCAGACCAACGUGCUCAAGGUCUUCCCGGGAGUCUGGAGUUUGGCCAGGAUCCCCAGACUGAUAAUGCAGUGGCUUUGCAUGCGGUUAAUUAUCAUCUUGACGACUUGGAUAUUUCCGUGCCUGAACCGGUACAGCUAUAUGCCAUGCCUCCUCGAGAGGUCACGGAUCAUAUGUUCGAGGUUUAUUUAACCACUGUGCAUCCGUUCUUCCCCAUCAUCAACAAACCUCUUUUCUCAGCACAGUACCGGACGUUCUUUGACAGCGCUGCUCGACCCGGCGACAAGUGGCUUGCUAUAUUGAACAUGAUAUUCGCAAUUGGGGCUAAACAUGGCCAUCUCAUCGACGCACCAUGGCGUGGGACCGAGAAGGACCAUUUGAUAUACCUAACCAGAGCCAGGAUUCUUAGUAUGAACGGUGAUGUCCUGUUCAGCCAUCCUGAUCUCCAACAAGUCCAGGUGGAGGGCUUGAUUGCAUUCUACCUUCUCGCUUCUGAUCAAAUCAACCGGGCGUGGAGAAUCUCGGCCUUGGCAGUGCGGUCUGCAAUCACACUUGGAAUCAACAUGAAAAGCAGCAGUCCAACCACACCUGAUCUUUCGAAAGAAGCCCGUUACCGAGUCUGGUGGUGUCUGUACACAUUUGAGCACCUACUCGGGAUAAUGACCGGUCGCUCAACUUGUAUCCGGGACGGAGUGUGCACCUCGCCAUUCCCGAUUCCAUUUGAAGAAGAACAGCUACAAAUGCCCGAAGCCGUCGAAGUACUCACAGACGCGACACUACGAGACGAACGGAUCAACAACGUCACGGCAAGUGCGCGUAUCAGACAAAUGCCGCUCCACCCGGUAAAUGGUAAAGAUGCUAGUCACCACACUCGAGCAAAAAACACUGAAUGGAUCAAAAACCUACCUAUCAACUACGGGCUCUGUCAUCUCUACUAUUGCGACUUGACAGUCGUCGUGCAAGAAAUCGUCAAUAAAGUCUACUCAGUAGACUGCGUGAUGGUGCCAUGGGCACAGAUCGAGCUCCGGAUUAGUGAACUCAAGUCCCGAACCGACAUCUGGAAAUCCAGCCUUCCAACCGGGCUUGACUUCACACGCAAGGAUGAUAACGGACCAGAUAUUUAUCGCUGCAAAAUCAGCUUAGCGCUGCAUUACUACAGUGCGCGAAUCACACUAGGUCGCCCCUGUCUCUGCCGGCGCGACGCGCGCCGAAGGGGCGCGCACCCCUCCUUCAGUCACGAAAUGGCAGUGAUAACCCUGCACUCUGCACGGCAUAUGCUGGAUCUAGUCCCAGAUGAGCCAGAUGCCAUCCAGCUAUACCGCAUCGCUCCAUGGUGGUGCAUCCUCCACUACCUCAUGCAAGCAGCGACCGUCCUCCUCCUCGAGCUCUCCUUCGGCACCGUCCACAUGCCUGAAGAAGAAAGCAACUUCGUCGCCCUGUCCAAGAAGGCAAUCCGUUGGCUCUUCGCCAUGUCCGAGCAGAGCAUUGCCUCCCGCCGCGCCUGGCAGCUCUGCGACCUCAGCCUCCGCAAACUGGCUCAGGGCAUGAAGUACGACAUCAGCGACAUGCCUUCCUACCCAUACACCCCAGAGCCUAAAAGCACUAUCAGCCCGGAGCCGCUAGCUGGCCAGUCUGUAUCUCAAGCCCAUGGCGACUACUGGGGCUCGCAACUAGAACAUCUCCCCGUGUCUGUUCCGGAUGGACCGCCUCACGAAGACCACGACACCUCGACCGCGGACCUGAUGACUUCGUUGACGGCCGAGGCCCAGGACUCGUACUUCCCUUAUGAUCCUAUCUCAGGGGAGUUUAUGCGCUCUUUCUUUCCUCAUGCUAAUGAGAAUGAGAAUGAGAAUGAUAAUUGGGAACUUUGA